UUCUUUCACUUUUUCAAUCCCCUGCCUGUUCUCUACCCCCGCCGAACUCCACCUCUGUCCCUCCUCUCUCUCGUAGCCGCUAUAGCUCGCGUCUCUUCGAAGCUGCUCCGCCAUCUCGUCUUCUUGUUGAGCAGCGACGCCACCAACUCAGCCGCACCGAAGUCCGCUUAGCCCAGCUCAAACCGAGCCGCCCAGCAGCGCCAGAAACGAGCCGGAUCAGAACUGAUUUUUCCAGUUUGUGGCCGAGGCUUGCGUGGCUGAUUUCGGGCCGAUCCGGGCCCCCAUUGGCAUUACCACUUUGGGGUUUAUCGGCCACCGUCACGUCCCUGUCAAUUUGAACCGAGCGAUUCGUUAAACAAGGUUUACAAGGAUGGCCGAGUAGAGAGACUCCGGGAGAAAAUUGGCGCCAAUCAAAAGACCCGGCCAUUUCGUCAGGCUGUGCCGUGUCGGCAAGGCUUUACGUCCAACAAGCGGCAAUGGGUUGUCCCCUGAGGCUCCCCGUUCUCGUGUACUUUCACAGAGGCCGCUUCAUAGACCACUCAGCUUCGUCACCAACUUACCACAGCCAUCUCAAUACCCUUGUCGCGGAGGCUAACGUCAUCGCCAUCUCCGUCAAUUAUAGAAGGGCACCGGAGCAUCCUCUACCGGUGGCUUAUGAUGAUUCAUGGACUGCCCUCAAAUGGGUGGCCUCUCAUUCCGCUAGAAACGGCCUCGAGGAAUGGUUGACUUCCAAUGCCAACCUAAAGAAGGUAUUCCUGGCUGGAGAUAGUGCAGGUGCCAACAUAGUUCACAACAUGAGCAUUCGAUUGGGAGAGGAAAAGCCAGAGGGAAUUGAAGUUUCAGGAGUUAUUAUGGUGCAUCCUUUCUUCUGGGGCAAUGAACCGUUGCCUUUGGAGACAACCGAACCUGAGAAGAGGUCCUUGGUCAAACGGUCCUGGAACAUAGUGAAACCAACCAACGUUGGCUGUGAUGACCCGCUAAUAAACCCGACAAUGGACCCGAGACUCUCGAGUUUAGGUUGCAAUAGGGUUCUAAUUUGUGUUGCUGAGAAGGAUAUUUUUCUACACAAAGGGUGGUAUUACAAGGAGGUGCUUAGUAAGAGUGGAUGGAAAGGAGUUGUGGAAGUGAUGGAUGCACCAGGGGAGGAUCAUGUAUUUCAUUUGUUUAAUCCUACUUGUGAUAAUGCUGUGAAUUUGAUGAAAAAGAUGGUAUUUUUCAUCAAGGAAGAUAAAUAGUGUUAUGACAUAUUAGUGUUAGCGACUUCUUUGCGUGGGCUAAACCUCGUUUAUCUCUAUCUCUAUUUGUACUGAAGAUGAAUUCCUCAGGAUUUUUAUCUUCUUGAGAUAA